UAUCGCCAUCUGCUGGUCUGUAGAUGUUACACCACCUCCAUUUCUCCUGCAGCUCUGUCUCUCUACAGUAGAGGGUGAUCUAUACUCACCGUUAAUAAGGGUGUAUGUCAUAGAGAACCACACUGAGAAUGGUCGGUGGUUUUCUGAGGAAUGCUUGCAAAAACAUUACUUCUCUGAUUUUUUUAAAAAUAUUCUGGACAAUACGGAGUCGUCGUUUAAUGAAGAAAAACCUGAUUUAUACUUUUACUGUUUCUGUAGUUAUGAGAGUGAGGAUAAUAUAGUUGCAAGUCACAGAUAUUUUUGCCACCACACAGCAGGAUUCAGCAGAGGAUGUUGCACUUACAUUUUACUUCAAAACUUAAAGAUCCGAAAACAAAGGUUUUUAAGCGUCUGUUUGGCUGUAAUUACAAUGUGCUGCAGAGGUAGCACUUAAAAUGUCACACUGCCUUGGGUGUUCUUCCAGUUUUCCACCAGUAGUUUGUUGACAGUCAAAACUGCUCAUUAAACAUCAGCAAACUCACUGGUGCGCUGUUACAAUAUGGUCUAUUUGAACGUCCUUUUCUAACUUAACUAAGAUUAUCUUGCACAGAUGAUUACAGAAAUUGUGUGGCUGUGUUAAGUUUCUGUGUUUUGUGGCUACAUUUGAACUGUUAUCUUUUGGUGUUCAUAAAAGAAAAGGGGCAUUUUUCAAAAUAUUUAAUGUCAAUGAGCAAAUAUGCAAUAAAUCCUCAUUGUGGAUUCUGCUGGGCCUCCGGCACAGUCGUAACUGAAUAGGAGAAAGAGCUAUCUGUCAUAUAGUAUUAUAAAGAGUGAAAACAUUUGUGCUUUCUGUCAAAUCAUAUUAGUUGUAAAGGAGAGAUCAGGCAAGGUUUGAAUAGCGUACUGAUAAUGGAAAUCCUGCAGUAUAAAUGCUCUUUAUAACAGCCAUCAAAGCCAUUUAGUUGAUAAUCCCUCAAGUAAUUAGUGUUUGCAGUGAAUGUUAAUGACACCUGAACAGAAAGUGUAUGAUGGACAGGUGAAGCCCCCUCCUAUCUUCCUCUGCACUUUGCCAGGUUUAUGAAUGAGGCCUCUUCAGAAAGGUCAUUUCUUACCAAAACUCACAUACCAGAAAGCAAUUAAGAAGCUAAAGGAGUGUGCCAAGAAAAAGCUCAUAAAGAACGCAGUUAAGGGUGUUCAACUGUAUGACAAGAACUCGUGUCAUAGUUUUUGAUUGAUGUGCUCAGGCUCUGAGCUGUAAUGUUGCUCUCUCUGCAGUCAUUAAAGCCUGAUGGUGAGACUGAUGGCUGCACUGUCUGCAUCUCUGCAUGCUUAAGCCACCUCACUCUUGUCUGUAUUUAAUAGAAGAACAUGGACAGAUCAGCACUUAGGGUGCAUUAAACAGUAUAAUGUUGCAUUAUUUUUAUGGCAGGCGAGUGCCCACAAUCAUGAGCUCAUACAUCUUGUAUGUCCGAGUGGUAGCUGUGUGUGUUUCUGCCUGGUGAGGUAGGAAUGACGCACAUUAAAAAAAAUGCACAAGGGAUAUCUGGCAGAAUUUUAUAAGAUAGGAGAUCCUUCAUAGGUCACACUCUGCUGACUCAUAAAAGGUAAAGUAAAGCAUAUUAUUUUUGAAAGAAUAUUUAAGUCGCUCCAAUGCAAGACAGGUGCACUUCCUCUGACUUAAGUGGGUGCGCUGCUGAAGUGACAGCAAUUUAGAGAAUGACUGGGAUAGCGGCACUCCAAAAACACAAAAAAUCUUAAUGCUGUGGCCUCUGUGUUAUACAUUUUAAACCCUCAUCAAAGAUCCACAAGAAUGGGAUUCGUUCUGUGGAGAAAAUGACAUCAAAACCACAACAUACAAAUUUCUAACAACUUUAACACUGCUCUUGUAGUGCUUUUUAGCCAUAGUAUUGAUAUAUUUUUGGAGUGGCACUAGCACAGCUCAUUAGUUAUUUCAGUAGUUGUUUGACUCAGACAUUAAGGUUGAGUCCAUUUAGAGUCUCUAACUUACAUAAACCCUCCCCAGCCAUUGAAAUGCAUCUCUGGCCCGCUUUCUCCGCCUGUUCUAGGACCAAUAUUUUACCUCUCAACAAUUGAUUUGCCCUCCACCCCCCUUUCCUACUUAAACUGAGUCCAUUAUGUUGUGCAGAGUCAUCAGUUGUGAACUGUACUCAUAUGCGUCUUUACUCUUGUUGUCUUCCAGCACAGCAUAAUUGUUCACAUCUCAACAACAACUUCUCUUUAGACUGCGAAUGCUCAUGUAUGUUCUGAGCAGCAUUUUACAGAAGUUAGAGGUUGACCUCUAAGGUGUGCAGUGCAGCUUUGUGGCACAGAUUAAUUUCACCCUAGCUUUAUUAUUCCUAAUUACGAUGUCCUAAACAAAGCACUGUUUUUACAGUCACAAUGGUUGCGCUGUUUUUCAGCUCAGAGUUAUCGAGCCUGUGCAAUCGCUGAACAACCCAGUAGACACAAGCAGCGCCACAAAGGGCAGGGCAGACUCCUACACUCUAAGUGCUGUUCAUAUCCCAGCCAUCAGCGGAUGUGGAUCAAUGCUUGGUUUUACAGCUUUGCAUCCUUGAAAUGACUGAGCAAAUAAAGACAGCUUAGUCUGUCAAUCAGAGACUAUCAGUAAAGGAAUUCCUUCAGUAACAACCCCCACCUCCCCCCAGCUUCACCGACCUCAAACACACACAUAUAUAUAUAUACACACACACUUGCAGUUCUGGACAGAGUGGAAGGAGAUGGAGAGAAUAGGGGGGUGGAACCCCUGAGUUGAUGGGAGUUGUGGGAGAGAUCCUAAAAUGACCUGGCCAGGAUUUAAAAUGCUGCAGGGUAGCAACAGACAUGGAUCUUUUGCAGGUGGAGAUAGCUUCAGAUCAUUUUGGGGGAUUAAGACUUUGUGAAUUUCAUACGUCUUUGCAAGAGCACAUGAUGGACCUUGGACUUGUUUACUUAAAGGAGGAUGCUCUUCCGUCACUCUAAUAGCAUUUUUUCUCAGACUGGUCAGUGGUUAAAGUCAGGGGUUUCUUUUAAGUGAAUAUAACUGCUGAUGCCGGUACAAAAACACUGAUAAAAAGGAGGCGGCUGGAGAAAGGAGAUGAAUGGCAGCAGGUGACGCUGGGAUGUCGAUGCAAACUGCUCUGUCAAAUGAUCAGUUUAGAGACAGAUCAGAAAAGAAUUUGUUAAAAUUAAGUCUUUUAAAAACGACUUUCGGACAGGUUUAUAUCUAAUGCAAGGCAACAAUGGGAUUGGAGGGCAUGGAAAUAAUUGCCAUUGCUGUUGUUAUCGGACUGUUUAUUGUUGUGCUCAAACAGUUUGGGAUUUGGGAGCCCUUGUCAAUGGAAGACAGCAGUGACAGUGACCUUGAACUCUCCAUGGUGCGUCACCAACCGGAGGGCCUUGAACAGCUCCAAGCCCAGACCCAGUUCACCAGGAAGGAGCUGCAGUCGCUUUACAGAGGCUUCAAAAAUGAAUGUCCCAGUGGACUCGUGGAUGAAGAAACGUUCAAGACCAUUUACUCACAGUUCUUCCCUCAAGGAGAUGCGACCACAUAUGCACAUUUCUUGUUCAAUGCGUUUGACAUGGACAGAAAUGGCUCCAUCCGCUUUGAGGACUUUGUGUUAGGAUUGUCUGUGUUGCUUAGAGGCUCUGUUACGGAGAAACUCCGAUGGGCGUUUAAUCUAUACGAUAUCAACAAGGAUGGCUACAUUACUAAAGAGGAAAUGUUGGCAAUAAUGACAUCCAUUUAUGACAUGAUGGGCAGGUAUACUCUACCCAGUGUACGAGAUGAUUCCCCCUUCGAGCACGUGGAGAAAUUCUUCCAGAAAAUGGAUCGUAACAGAGAUGGAGUGGUGACUAUAGAUGAGUUCAUAGAAACCUGCCAAAAGGAUGAAAAUAUAAUGGCUUCCAUGCAGCUCUUUGAGAACGUAAUUUAGUUUCUUUAGAAGGACAUGGAUCAGUGACGCUGCAUAGUGCUUCCAGCUACAAGCUUCUGGGCCUGAAAUAACUUCAUUCAUCCCGAAAAGAGAAAAACUGGGUCAUGCAACACAUUGGACACAUUUUAAUGGUUGAACACUAUUAUUUGUCCAAUUUAAAACUGUUCUGUGCAGAGAAGUGUUCAGAAUUCACCAAAUCACUUGAUGAAUAUGUUUGAUGUUUCUUUGCAUGACAGUUUUUCAAUUUUCUUUUUGCACAUGAAGCAAAUGUGGUGAAAAAAAACUUCAUCUUUGCCAGAUGAGCAUGAGUGCCAGCCCAACGAAUCAAAGCAUGUGAUGCAAACCACACUGAACACAAACAAGGGUGUAUUUAUUUAUUGUUGACCACUUUGAAUCUUGGACAUAAGUUGGAUGGUACUUUGUUACUGUAUUAUACUGUAAAGAAAAUAAUCAUGUUUCUAAGUUCUUAAGAUUUUUGUGUCAACAUGAUACCCAGUCACUGUCAUGUUGACCCAAAAUCUGCUGAAAUAAAUAUCUCCCCUCAUCAA